AUGUACGAGGUCAAGUGGGACGCGGGGCGGCUGCCGGGGACGGUCGAGGCGCAGGCAUUCUCGUACGAGACGUACAAGCUCGCGUUCGACAAGGCGGACGCUAGUGUGAAUUGGCUGUUCAAGCAGCAGAGCGCGCCCGGCGAGCAGCCCAAGGUGGCUACGCCUGCGGAUGUCGUUGGCUUGGACCAGCUCAACAAGACGCAGGCGGCGCUCGAGAACGCGCGGCGCGAGGUGGCCGACCUGCGGUGGAAGCUGUUUGCCAUCUGGUCAGUCAACAUGCCCCUGUUGAAAAUGGAUAAGGAUGCUGACGCCAUCGUGAUGACUGGGAAUCAGGAUUGA